AUGUGUUCUCUACCCGUAGACGACAAGACGGGUCUGGAGGCUUUCCGCAUUGCGGGUCUGCCACCGGAUUUCUACUAUAUCCCGAACUUCAUAAGUCACGAGGAGGAAGCGUCAAUAUUACAGAAGCGAUGGACACACCUCACCCACCGCCGUCUCCAAGCCCUCCCCUCAACUCUCACAUCAAACAACACGCUCCUCGCCGCCCCUCUACCUGCAUAUCUAACCACGCCCAUCAUACCCCGCUUCUCCGACCUAGGCAUCUUCAAGCACACGCCCCACGGCCAACCAAACCAUGUGCUUGUCAAUGAGUAUAAACCCGGUGAGGGCAUUAUGCCACAUGAAGAUGGUGGUGCGUAUGCUGAGGUCGUUGCGACGGUUAGUCUGGGAGGGGGGCUGUGUCUGGAUGUGUUGGAGAAGAGCGGGGGUGAGGGAGAGAAAGGAGACAUCAAAGAAAAGAAAGACGACGCAAAUGGAAAAAAGUCUCAGUCUCUGAACGCAGACGCAGACGAGGCAAAGAGUCAAGAAACCCCACUCACCCUCCCAACCCGCAUCUUCCAAGAACCCCGCUCUCUACUCAUCACCACGGGGCGCGCAUACAGAGAUCUCAUGCAUGGAAUCUCUUCCAUAGACAUCGAUGAAGAUUUGAAUGCGAAGACGGUUGCGAAUUGGGGGUUGCUGAGUGAAGAAGGCAGGAAAGGGGUUGAAGAAAAUGGAGGGAGGAAUGUGAGGGGAACGAGGGGCGGCGAGUAG